UUGAUACGAGGCCAAGAGUAGAGCGCAAGUUUUGUGCAUGAUUGGAUUCUGGUGGAAAUUGGAUAUGGAAAAGAUGAGACCCUAAAGGUCCGGACGAGAGGAACGAUGGCGUCGAGGUUUGAGGAAGGUUUGGAUUCCCGUGUGGCUGCUGGGAGGGCGGGCCCACUGGUGGCAAGAAAGAGCUCGGAUUUGUACUGCAUGCCAUGACGUCGAGAGGCGAAUGGGCAGGAGCCCUGACUCCGAGCGCGAGGUGGCAUCGGCCUCGUUGCGGGUGCUGCUGAUGUGAUCCACAAUUUGGCCCUCGGCGUGAUGUGGCGUCCCGAAGUGCUGCAAGGUCGGAGCGAGCAGGACGAGGAGGCGAGAUUUGUCGCGUGAAUCGGGAACUGCGGACAUUGUUCGUGGUGUGCAUUCUGGUCCGCCUCUGAGUCGAGCAGCCAUGGCGACAAGCGCAACCGCUUUGGCCUGCGGCAGCAGUGGUUUCCGGAGCGGCUUGUUUGGGUGUCCAUGUUCUGGGAGAUUGUCGAAUGCUGCGGGUUUCAGGUGGCCAGAAUCCACGCGAGGGAUCGAGAGGAAGGGGCAAUUGUCCACGUGCAGAGCAGAGCAGCAGCAGGAUUGGGUGAAGCAAGUGGGCAAGGCGUUGUGGGGCAGGGGGUUACCUCCAGGUGCGCUGGUGGACGUUGCAAGGCAGCUUUGGGGCACAGGAUGGCAGGUUAUGAUGGGGCAGCUCGCUCCCAGCGGGGAGAAAGGUGCAUACGAUCGCCCACAGAGCCAGUUUCGUGGCAGACCCGUGCCUGGGGCGCCUGUGAUUCCUGGCAAUUUUCAUCUCUAUGUGGCCACAACUUGUCCCUGGGCUCACAGGGCAUUGAUCGUACAUACUUUGAAAGGUCUAGAUGAGGCCGUUCCCCUGUCUGUCGUUGUGCCGGGAUUGAAUGGAUUGUGGGAGUUUUCGUCAGGAAGAGCAAAUGCUGCAGGAGCUGCUGCUGGCAAGUUUGUUGGAACCAAGGAUAGGGCUAAUGGACAGAGUCGUCUAAUGGACGCUUAUAAAAUGCGAAAGGAGGGUUACAGUGGGAGGGCCACAGUGCCCAUGCUGUGGGAUCAAGGUUCGAUGGAGGUUCUCAAUAACGAGAGCGCCGAUAUUAUUGAGAUCUUAAAUUCGGACUUCAACGAAUUGGCAAAGAACCCGGGUCUGGAUCUAGCUCCUUCAUUGUUGAAAGCGGAGAUUGAUAGGUGGAACUCCUUGAUCUACCAUGACGUCAAUAACGGUGUAUACAGGUGUGGUUUUGCGCAGGGACAGGAAGCGUAUGAAGCAGCAGUAGAAGGCCUGUUCAAGACUUUGAACAUGCUGGAGGAGCAUCUGGCUGCAUCUCGUUAUCUUUGCGGAGAUUCUCUGACCUUGGCUGACAUACGACUGUUCACAACUUUGUACCGAUUUGACUCCGUUUACAGCAUUCUUUUCAAGUGUUCGAAGCAGAAACUGUUCGAGUUUCCCAACCUUUAUGGCUAUUUGCGAGAUAUCUAUCAGAUUCCAGGAGUGGAGUCCACUUGUGAUAUGCCUGCAAUUAUGGACGGUUAUUACAGGAUUCUCUUUCCUUUGAAUCCAGGAAGCAUUUGCCCUGUUAUUCCGAAGAGUUCAGAAUCACCGGCUUUGACGCAGCCGCAUGGGCGAGAAAAGCUAUCCAAGGUUGCAGUUGGGGCAAUUUUAUAAUAUUGAAUAUGAAGAUAUUCACAAUUGACUAUGCCGGUGUCGCAUUUGAAUGGAGUGCGGUAUCCUCGUCCAUUUUGGGAUCUUAAACACCUCUUCUAUGAGGUUUAAUUGAGCUCUAGCGUUUGAACUGUCAAAUUGUACAGUAUGAUGAAGUAGGCUUAGGAAGAAUUGUGAAGCGUAGUAUGGCAUAAGCCCGUUACUUGUCUGGAAAUUUGAGAAAUUAUUUUGUCUGCGCAGCUCAGUUUGACAAAGCUGGCUCAUGUAAAUUUAAUAACUGACGUUGUAAGUAAGAAGAGGUUUUUUUUUCUUCAAUUUCUAUGUAAAGCAUCACGUGCAAUGGUU